AUGAAAAUAAAGUAUUUUUCUGAAAAUAAGUCUGAAGUGAAAGAUAAUGCGUCUGAAAAUCUGAAAAUUGAGUGUAAAUGUCAAACUGAACGAAAUGGCCAAUCAGUUUUGUACGGAGAAUCGCGAUGUCGCGUGCUACUUGGUCACCAAACACUCAUGGAAGGGAAAAUACAAACGGGUUUUCUCGAUCGGAACGCUGGCAUCACAACCUAUAAUCCCAACUCGUUGGAAAUCACUAACCAGUGGCUCUACGAAGACUUCAUAUCAGUGAAACCGUUCCAACCCAAUGAUACUCGUCAAGAGGAGACUGGCUUCAAGAUUUGGUAUCGACAACGUGGCAAAAAGGACGAUAUGAAGUUCUCAUCGGAGUACACACCCGACAUUCUGACGCACUGUCUUCAAUUUCAUACCAAAUUCGCUGAUAAGGUCUUUGAUCCAGUGACAGUGACAGCAUUCAAACAGAGCUGGAGUGAUCGUCGCAUCCAAGUCACUCUCCGUGCCAACGCCUUCGGAUUGGAACAAAUCGAUAAUCGCGGUGUCGUCGUGCAGAUGUAUCCGUAUAAGAAUAUACGAAGUAUCGGAAAGAUUUCCGAUUGUCCCGGAGCGUUUGUGGUCGAUGUCGGCGAGCAUAGGAGACGGCACAUGUUCGCCUCGUCGAAUCAAGAAGAGCUAAUCAAAGAAUGUCGACGUCUGGCAAUUGAGAAUAUUGGUUAUACGAUUCCAAUGGCCAAAGAACUCAUCUCACUCGACGAUUUCCUCAAGACCCGCCUCGGAUUAUGUAGUCGUGACGAAGAGUUGACGUCGUAUUCAGAAUUCAAAGUGUCAAAAAUCACGAGACGAGCCGAAUUGCCUGUGCGGAGACUGUUGUGUUUGAGUGAGACGUGUAUCAUUGAGAGGGACUUGGCGACGUAUGCAGUCAUUUGUGCUACCCCGCUGAAACAUAUCGUUUGCCUCGUGCGAAGCGAGAAAGACCCUCAACAAUUCAUCGUCGAAUAUGAGAACGGCGACGGAAGAGCGUACGUGGCAGCUGAACGAGACCUCAUCCUAGCCUCUCUUCUCGACGGAAUCCGUGCUUCUGGAAAUCAAGAAGUCUUCGUGUGCGGUCACCGCUUCGAGAGGAAUCUCCGAGUGAUUCCAUUCUCAACGACACUGGACGAAGAUGCCGAGUCUCAAUGCAUGAAACACAUCAUCGCCCCGCCCCCAGGCCUUCGUCGCUGCGACACCAUCCGCCGUUUCAACGCCAACGUCCCGUAUUCAGGCCUUCGAUUCUCGAAAUCUCACGAAGGAUUCUUCUCGGAAAAUAAGGGAAAAGUGAUUGUCAACGCUAUUGAAGCAGUGCUAGGCGAGAAUUAUACAAAGGAGGAGAAGGAGUACAAGCAUAAGACAGAAGCACAGCUACAGUGUCUCAGAAGGCUGUUUGCAUCGAAAAGCGGAUUUCAGGCUUUCACAGAAGUCACGGGAGUCCGCGAGAAGCUUGGAAGUCUUGUAGUUCGUGUGCUCUCGUGGAAAUCCGAAUCUAUCGAUCAUUCUACUGUGGAGGCUCUGUGUGCACUGAUGUAUCCGAUGCAUGAUCAAUAUGAAUUGAGGAUUGAGCAAUUGAAUAAGCAGAGUCUGAUGAGCAGUCCGAAGUUUGUCGAGAACCUUUUGGAUCUUAUCGUCCUCCACGUGGAUCGCUCCACCGGUUGGCUUGUCAUCGCCUCUAUGCUCAACUUCCUGACCUUUUCCGUCUGCUCCCCAUACUCGGAGACCACUUCUGGCGACACUUUUGAUCAUAUCCUGAAGCUCGUCGCGUUACGUGGUCGUAGCUUCUUCCGUCUCUUCCAGUGUCCCAGUAUGACAAUUGUCAAAGGCGCAGGGAUGGUGAUGAGAGCUAUCAUCGAGGAGGCGGACGUCGAGACUUCCAAAUCGAUGCAGAUGUUGGCACUGUCAGAAGGAGCAUUUCUGACUCAUCUACACACGGCGCUGCUUACAGUAGGAAAGGAUUUACGGAGAAUGACGAAUAAGCAAUUGUCAGGGCAUUUGAUAAGUUUGUGGAUUGCUGAUAACCAACAAGCCAAUGAUCUACUGGUUAGAUGCUUGCCACGUGGCCUGCUAAACUUUAUGGAGUCGGAUGAGAAGGUGCCGAUUAGUGAGAAGGAUCUGCUGAUCCCCAGGAACAACUUGAGUGCCGCUACCAAUGAAUCGAAGCAGAACACGGUUAAAGAGAAACUGGAUCACCUGAGAAUUGUGCAGCACUGGGAUCUGGAGCAGAAGCUGAACUUCCUACCGAAACGAGUUAUCGACGAGAAGCAACAACAACGACAGCAACCGGUGGUCCUUCGGAAACGAAGGAAUCGAGUGCGCCCUAAUGUUAAUUGGAGGCUUUUCGCUUAUCAGUUCUCGAAAGAUCACUCGCAGGCGGAUCUGAUUUGGAAUGAGAAGACGCGAGAGGAGUUUAGGCAUUCGAUGGAGAACGAGGAGCGAACUCUGGCUAGUGAGAAGGAACAAGCGCCUACUGGACUGCCGAUCGCUUGGAAUCAUACGGAAUUCCAGAUUCGAUAUCCUUCGCUGUUGGAGGAGAUUAAGAUUGGAGACUACUACUUGAGACUGUUGUUGAUUGAGGCCGAUGAGAAUGCGACACCUAUUCAUAAUCCCCUGGAAUUCUUCAACAACGUCUAUCACCGCUUCCUGCUCUCCACAAAAACCGAUAUGAAGUGCCUGUGCCUUCGUGCGAUGUCCAUCACCUAUUCCCGCCAUCACAUGACAAUCGGACCAUUCCAGGACGCCAAAUAUUUCGUGGAGAUGCUCCAAAAAUGCGCCAACCCCUUGGAACGAGACCAUCUAGUCCUGCUGCUCUCCAAGUUGGCUCUAAACAAGGAUAACGUUCGAGAGCUGAUCAUUGCCAAUGUCCUGCCCCUCCUAGUGGAUUUAUGCGUUUUAGCACACUUGCACGUUCAAAGAGCCAAAGUUCAAAAUCAGACGAAUGUGAUCGAGGCGAGCGCUGAGCAAAUGGCUGAAGGAGGAUCCGAGGAGUGGUAUUAUCAUGAUAAGGAGGCUAAACAAGUGGGACCAUUGUCAUUUGAGAAGAUGAAGACGUUGUUCGUGGAGAAGACGGUGUUUGAGAAGACCCAGAUCUGGGCAGCUGGAAUGGAUAAAUGGAUGAGUCUCGCGGCGGUGCCACAGUUCCGAUGGACGGUGUGUCAGAUGGCAAAAGACAUCCCGCAGGAGAUCAACGUUGGGAAGGGACCAUUCCAAGCGACACAGAUGAAUUUCACGGAUUUGAGUGUGCUUUGUUUGGAUACGAUUCUGCAGAUGUGCGAGUUCUUUCCAUCGAGGGACUCGUACGACUGUGUCGUCCGCCCGAUGCCAUCCGUCAAGAAGCAGCUCACGGAGCCCGUCCUCCUCUACCAACUCGUCCAACUUCUUCUCACCUACGAACCUCAAAUCGUUCAAAGAGUGGCUUCCCUGCUCUACCUAGUCAUGCAAGACAACCCAUUCCUCCCCCGUCUCUACCUCUCUGGAGUCUUCUAUUUCAUUCUAAUGUACAAUGGAUCCAACGUGCUCCCGAUCGCCCGUUUCCUUCAUUACACCCACAUGAAGCAGGCCUAUCGCUCGACGUUACCUCAUCUGGAGAGCACACGACAAUCGAUUCUCGCCACGUUGCUUCCCGAAGCCGCCACGUUCUAUUUGGAGCAGUAUGGACCGGAGAAGUAUGCGGAGGUGUUCCUCGGAGAGUUUGAUAAUCCGGAAAUCAUUUGGAACACUGCGAUGCGACGUCAUCUGAUUGAGAGGAUCGCUGUGCACGUGGCAGAUUUCUCACAUCGACUCACUUCCAACGUCCGAGCGUUGUAUCAAUUCUGUCCGAUUCCACUGAUUGAUUAUCCAGAAUUGACUCAGGAGCUCUUCUGUCACGUCUACUAUUUGAGGCAUCUGUGUAAUCGACAGAGGUUCCCAGAUUGGCCGAUUCGAGAUCCGAUCCCUUUCCUCCGCUCCUGUCUGGCUACAUGGUACAACGAGUUGGAGAAGAAGCCAUCGACGAUGUCUGCCGACUUGGCACGCGAGAUUCUAUCAGUGGAUCUGAGCAAUGAGGAGCAUCGGAAACCGGCAUUCAUACGUCGUCAGUACUACAAGCUGGCUGCCAAAUACCAUCCGGAUAAGAAUCCAGAGGGCAGAGAGAUGUUCGAGAGGAUCAAUGCGGCUUAUGAAUUGCUCAGCAGUGAGAGUGCCAACAACUCGACGAUGCCUGAUUCGCAUAGGAUUGUGUUGUGUCUACAAGCACAGUCCAUCAUAUACAGUCGGUAUAGUCAAGAACUCUCUGAAUACAAGUACGCCGGCUACUCGCAACUCAUCAAAACCAUCAACCUGGAGGCCAAGGACGACGCGUUGUUCAUCAAAGGAGGCGGAGAUUUGCUGUCAGCUGCGAUCGAGUUGGCCAACUACACACUGAUUAGCAGUGCACUGAAUGCCGAGCAAUUGAGACGAGAUGGUGGAUUGGAGGCCCUGGUCACCGCAUUCGAUCGUUGCGUCCCUAUGGUGACGAUGAGUUCGACGCCAGACGACAUGCCUGUCCAAGUUUGUAUCCACGUUUGCGACUGCUUCGCGACGGCGUCAACAUUCGAGAUGUGUCGACAGAAGUUGGCUGAGAUGGUUUCGAUUUUCGGUGCACUCACAAGACUUUUGCAGUUCUCGCACCUCCCCCGCCUGUCCACAGCCGCUGCCCAAUGCAUUUGUGCAAUGUCCGUCGACGAGCUCCUCCAAUUCCAACUAUUCCAAACUGGCGUUCUCUGGCAACUAGUCCCCCACCUCUUCCACUACGACUACACCCUCGACGAAGGCGGCGUUCAGCAUUCAGAAGACUCCAACAAGCAAUCGCUGGCGAAUUCCCUGGCUCGGUCCUCCUCCGAAGCCCUUGCGGCACUCGCCGGCUAUCGUGAGAACACGCCGGAUAAUGAAGGCGUCCAGAAGAGCCUUCGCGCGUUGCUCACACCAUAUAUCUGUAGAUGUAUGCGUGUGGAGACGAACGAUAUGGUGCUGAAGACGUUGAAUAGUAAUCUGGAGAAUCCGUAUAUGAUUUGGGAUAACGGGACGAGAGCUGAGGUGCUGGAGUUUGUGGAGAAACAUCGAACGUCGAAUGAGCCAUCGAGCACACUGAUGGGAGCGGAGUUCGAGUUGUCCGUGCACAAGAACGAGCUGAUUGUUGGCGACGUCUUCAUUCGGAUAUACAACGAGCAGCCGACGUUUGCGCUUCAUGAACCGAAAAAAGUGGCCGUCGAUCUGUUGGACUAUAUCCGAAAGAGCUCGGAUGAGCUGAACGGUGUGCCGAAGCCAAUCAAAAAGAAUCCAGACGAUUUGAUUGAAAUCGAUUGGGGAAAUGGACCAUCGUCAUCACAGGAGAAUGGAAACACAUUGAACACAGAGACCAAGGUGUUGAUGGUGAUGACAGCGUUGUCGAAUCUGGUUUCCGCGAAUCCUGGUGCCGUAUUUGCCAACAAUAAGGGCGUCGAAAUCCUGCUCAUCGGCAACUUCCCAUUGCUCAUCACCUAUCUCCGCGGCCGAAAACACCCUCAACUUCAAAUCGCCGCUCUCCAAGUCAUCCUCCUCGCCGCAGCCAAUAAGGAGUGUGUCACUGAUCUUGCCACGUGUAAUAUCACAACGACCCUCUUCACACUGCUCAAAGACCAUCCUAAAAUCGUUGCCCGCGUCCUGGAUGUCCUUAUCGCUCUCUCUUCGAACGGUCAAAUAGUCAAGGAGAUGCUAGAGCACGGAGGGCUGAUGUACAUUCUAUCCAUCCUCUGCCUCACGAAUUCCGAUCAGGGACAACGUCUUCAAUCGGCGGAGCUUCUGGCGAAACUGCAGGCUGAUAAGCUGACGGGACCACGGUGGACACGAUUUAUCAACAAAUUCCUGCCGGCGAUCUUUGCUGAUGCGUUGAGGGACUCGCCGAAUACAGCGUCUGUAGCUCCGCCCACUUUGGAACUGAAUUUUCUGGGAAGCAUGAGACAAAAGCUACGGAAACUAGCAAUAGUUUUUCAAAAAUGGGCGGAGCCAAAUCUGAAUGACCGUAGUCCAACCUUUUGUAGACUACAAAUGUUCGAUUCAUCAAACGAGCAUCCCGAGUUGAUUUGGAACGAAAACACCCGGAAAAAAGUGAAAGAAAUCAUUGAUAAAGAGGUGGAAACGCUGUAUCAGAAGCAUAUCAAGGACCCGACGGCCAAAUGGAAUACCACAACGUUAUCAGACGAUUACUGUGCUUAUGGUGAUAGUAUCAGUGGAGAACUCGUCGUUGGAGGCGUCUUCAUUCGGCUGUUUGUCGAGAAUCCCGGAUGGCCUGUCAGACAUCCCAAGGAGUUUGCCAGGGAGUUGAUUGAGAAGGUCCUCGAACUAAUGGCCCGCCCGCCACCUCAAAUCGAAAUGGUCACCACCGCCUUUCGUGGCACUGCUACCGGCUCAAGGAUAUCUGCCACAGUUCUGUACGAAUAUGGGCAGUCAGAAGCCAGAAGCGUCCAAAGUGGCCAUUUUGAUCCUUCAGGAGCUCAGCGAGACCAGUUCUGUUGUGACGCCCUGUCCCAACUGCCCUGCAUCGACGGAAUCAUGAAAUCGAUGAAAAAUCAGCCGUCGUUGAUGCGAGAAUCCGCGCACGCGUUGAAGUGUCUAAUGAAGCGAAACACUGGGGAAUUGGCUCAACAAAUGCUCAAUUGUGGAAUGGUACCGUACCUUUUGGAGGUGCUGGACAGUUCGAUGAAUGGCGUCUCGAAUGGCGCAGCCGCCCGUGCCGAGAUAGUUGAUGCACUGAAAAGUGCGAUUUUGGAUUUGAAAGUGGGAACGAAGAUUCAGGAGAUACUUGAGAAGAGCCCCAUUUGGGCACAAUUCAAGGAUCAACGACACGAUUUGUUCUUGCCCGCGGCGAGGACGCUGGCGGUUACUGGCGCCCCAACGGGAGUCGCUGGUUAUCUGACCGAAGGAAUGUUCAACCCGCCACCAAUGAGCAAUCAACCACCGCCAAUGCAUCACGACGCGGCCGGCGACUCGUUCCAGCCGCCACUUUAA